AUGGUCUCUGUGCAGAUUGACAAUAAUGCCGACCCCUCUCCCGUUCUCAACGAAAUCAACAUGCUCCAGCUUCGCUAUAAGGAUCAUCCCGGGCUUGACUUUACCAGGCUUGCGAGUGAUAUAUUCGAAACAGAAAGUCUCUCUGGUCGCCAUUACUGCAUUGCAUAUAAGCCUCAAGGCAACAGUGUCCGCACAUUACAGGAGACAUUUCCUAAUGCAAUGAUCCCUAAAGCUUUAGUUAAAGCCUUGAUACAUCGCCUAUUCUUCUCUAUGAAUUGGCUAGAAUUUGAUGACGACUAUAGCCUUCAAGAUAUUGAGGACCAGGAAUCCCAGGAUCCAAGUUUGCCGAUAACAUCCACAACUAACGGGACCCUGCUGAUAAUUGUCUACAAAUCUAGACCUACCAUUCUAGAACUCUCCGGCCACCCUAUUCUUACAGACUAUGGUCAAAUGCGUCUGAUCGAAGGAUGCGUGAAUCAAGACUGGUGGAUGUCCGAUAUCUACCGCGCCCCGGAGAAGCUAAUACCAAAAACCUCUCUCGGGGACUUUGUCACGACAAUCCCACCGGGACAGGAGAAAGACCAGUUUUUGCGGUUCAUACGCAAAAUCUUGACUUGGGACCCGGAAGUGAGAGCCACGUCAAAUGAAAUUAUACCAGACGAAUGGCUUAUGAGGCCGGUUGAAGAGAUGCUGUAG